GUUGUUCCCCAUUAACCCUCGAACUUGUUUUCGUGCCUAAAUGUUCUUUGUUGCCACUUGUACAAUGGACCGCCUUGUGGUUAGGAGACUGGCACUCUCCUGCCCGUUAAAAUCGUCCUGUUUAAUGCCUUAAAUGUUCCAUGUCCUUGCAGAAUACUCAUUAGGGGGAACUAUAACUUUACUUAGUAACUCAGUAUCUAAAAGUAAGGUGUAGUUAAUGACACAGUAAAACUGCUUAAAACCCAAAAAAAAAACAAAAAAAACCAAAAACACUAAAAACACUGCAUCUUACCAUUAACACAAAAUGGACUUGGAGGACAACGACAAUGGACUGCCCGUGGGCCUCCCCACCUUUGGAAUACCCAACGAUCCCCUGCUCAGGGCAGUGUACGAUCUUUACAGGCCGCCGGAAGACAGCUUCCGGCAGAUGCAGAGCGAGCGGAACAGGGACACCUUUUCGGAGGCCUUUAUCGAGCACGAGCGCGUGGGCACUCUGGCGGAUUUGUGCGUGCGAGCGUUGGCCAAGCGCGGCACUAUGCACAUCGUCGAUCCCGUUCGCCUCAAUCCCCUCUGGAUGCGCAUCCACUACGACUCCAUUGACGUGAACCUGCCACUGCGAGAAUGCUACUUCGUGGAGGAUGCGCGCUUCUGGAAGCGAGUAGUGCUGGCCAAGAGCAGCGAGCAGUGUCUGUCGCUAAAAGGCCUGGACGAUUACGACUGGCGCGGCAAGGGCAUGAGCAUCAAGUACGUGGAGCUGGUGGAAGCAUGCCCGGCAUCUUUGUGGCCAGAAAAGGAGAUGUCUGAGCUCGCGGAGCUGAUACGGGACUAUGUGCGCUGCAUGGACAUCCGGCACCUGCAGUCUCUCUCUGAGUUCUCGUUUCGGAGGCUGGAGAGGCACUCUAGCGACACUGAGCCGGAAGUGAGUUCGGAGGUGUCUGAUGGCAUAGAGGUCUCCAGUGACGAACUCAGCACCCCUAAGUCCAGGAGCGAUGAGGGCGAAGAGGAGCAGGAGCAGGAGACCGAGCCUCUCAAGAAGACAUUCGUCAGGGACAACACCCUUAUUGCCUUCAAAGUGUCAGCGGAAUUCGCCGACUCCGACGAGUCCACAUCCGACAUGGAGAGGAGGGAGGCGCGCCGAGAUCGGAAUGCGGCUCGUCAGAAGCUGCGAGAGUUAAAGAUGGCCCAGGAGGCGGAGCAUGAGCAGCGCAAGCAGCGCCGCGUAAAUCUGCUGAAGAGAGAGCCAGAACCACCGCCAAAGAGGAGGCGGCGCCCCAAACCUGUCAGAGGCGUCUUUGACAUCACUGUGGAACCCGAACCAGAUGACGGCGAGGACCAAAUUCUGGACCACCGGAACAAAACAAAGUAUCUGCAAUAUCUGAAGCAGUUCGAUUACGACGAGGACACCUGCCACCACAUCGACCUCAGUUUCGUGGGCCACUUUGUCAACCUGGUUUCGCUGAACUUGGAGUUCCUUGGGCCGGGGGAAGGUACCAGCUAUCACAAGCGCCACCUACGGUUCUCGCUGAAGGAUAUGGUCCACCUAUCCAAGGGGCUAGCGAAGCUCGUGAACCUGCAAAUUUUUCGUCUGCGGAACAGCCACCUGAAUGCCUUCAAGUUGUAUCCCCUCUGCCGGGUGCUUCGAGCCCUGCCGCAGCUGCAUGUGGUAGACCUUGGAUACGACCAGAUGACCGACGACUGUGGGCCCUACUUGGGCAUCCUGCUGGACAGACAGAUUAUGCUGAAGGCCCUGGAGCUGGAGUACAACCAGCUGGACAUGAAGUCGGUAGCAGCGAUCGGAGUGGCCCUGCAGAAGACGACCGACUCCAACCUGCAGUACCUUGGGCUGGCCCACAACCGACUGAGCAGCGGAGCCCUGGAGCACCUGUGCGAGCGCAUAACAGGCACCGAGCACGUGGAGGAGCUGAAUUUAUCCGCCAUCGGACUUAGUUUCCCGAGGGUGUUCGUGGAAGAGGUUUGCCGCCUUCUGCGCAACCACAAGCCUCUACGAAGACUGGAAAUGGUAGCGACACCCCUAGGCGCCGACUUGAGGAGGGAACUGAUCUGCGCCCUGGAGACGAAUCCAAAUAUCAUAUACUUUGACGGCCGGGCAUGCAAUUUUGAAGAGGACGAGGAGUUCGAGGCAGACAUGAUCGUCCGACGGAACUUAGCCAUGACCGAAAACACCUACGUCCGCGACACGGCGCAGUUUCCGGAUACGCUCGAACUACUGGAGCACGCCAAGAGUCUUAGGCAUCCGCUUGUGACUCGGAUUGAAGAGUCCGUGGCCCAGCAGAAGGAGUGCUUCAAGAACUAUCCGACCUGGAAGAGCAGUCGGGUUUCCGUGGAGGAUGUGCCUGUGAUAGAGAAGGAGGAAUCGGACUACGAUAUCUGGACUGUGUUUGCGCUCCAAACCCAGCAGAACUCUUUUCUUGUACAGAACUCCACUGAAAAGGCGGCGACAGUGCAAGAGCCUGCCUCCCAGAAGAUAAGCCAGAGCUCGUCGCCCAGGUCAAGUGUAUUCAGCUUCGAUCCCAACAAUUUCACCCUCGAGCAGUUUCGGGAGCAUGUCUACCAGCCGGGUCCUGGCAAUAGGUACAAUUACUUUGUAGAGAAAAGAGACUCAAAAUUCUAGUGCCUCCCCUAGACCGUCAUUUGUGAACGUUGUCCUCCAAAUCCAAAUAAAAGUAUUCAUUUCUGUGAA